CAUACAAACGGUUGUUGUCGUUUAAUCACGGAAGAUGAUAGUAACACAAUUUGAAGUCAUGAGUAGUAAACGGGUACACAUAACCUACGCCGACUGGUAACGACCUUAUUGGCUAAACCCAAUGUUACAAAAUGUCAAAGAUUACCGUUCUCACUCACUUAAACCAAUAAACAAACCAACCCAAUCAUUAAAGCAACCUUCUUGAUUAUCCUAAAGCCGCAGCGCAAGCACUCUUUUUCUUUCUCAUAAUAAUGUAACUUCUUCCCCACUCUUGAGCAACAAAUUCUCAUUUGCAAACCCCAUAAAGACAUCAUCUUUACACUUUACCGGGAUCUGGGUCUCCUUUUAUUUUUCCCCAAGACAAAGUAGACAUUGCCUUCCACUCACUUCAAAAGAGAGAGAGAGAGAGAGAGAGAGAGAGAGAGAGAGAGAAACUCUUAUGUGUUCUGUAAAACUGAAGUGUUCUUCCUCAAUCAUUGUGUUUUACAGUCAAAUUCAGCGUCUAUGAUCUCAUUUAAAAAAAAAAAAUCGGUUUUUUUAAAGAUGGUGCUCUCUCACAAGUCACACCCUUUAUUUACUUCAGCAUCCAACAAAGUGUUCCUUACUUACCCAGAUCUUCAAAUGUGAGUGUGAGUGUUGUUGCAUCGUUGCAUGAGUCACCCAUCAAACACUGUUCAAGUAACUAUUUUUAGUUUGUUUUGUAAAUGAGGGUGUGGAGGGUUCACCCACCAGAGCAAAAGCUUUGUCCUAAUGGUGUUUUGAGGUGGGUUUUGGUUUGGAUGAGUGUGUGUUUUCUUGUGUUCACGGUUGGUCCACCCUCUCGCUCGAUGGUGAAGAAGAGUGCAUCUUCUCAAUUUUCUUCUUGUCCUCCAUGUGAUUGUUUCUGCUCGUCAGCGGAAUAUCUCCUCGAUCCUCUGGGACUUGUCAAUGGCUCAAUUUACGAUUGUGGCAAACACGAUCCAGUUUUGAAUGAGGAAAUGAACAAGGGUAUACUGAAAAUGCUAUCUGAGGAGCUAAAUUUGCAGAAAAUUGUGGCCAACGAGACCUUGGAACACACCAAACAGUUAAUAAUGGAUGCCAGGAAAACCUUUUCGCAUUACCAGAAGGAAGCAGAAAAGUGCAACAUUGGGGUGGAAACUUGUGAAGAAGCAAGGGAGAGGGCAGAGGCAGAGCUCAUUGAAGAACACAAGCUGACAGCAUUAUGGGAAAAUCGUGCUCGUGAAUAUGGGUGGGUGGAAUGACAGAAGAACACACUAAAGGAGUUUAGUUAACCAUUGCUACAUUAUGUUAUGUUAACCCUUAAUUGUAACAUAGCGUUUAAGCUUUUAUAGCCAAUACACAGAUCUCUUGUGAUGAUUUCAACCAGGUCAGCUAUUCCAUUGAAACAAGUUUUGUGCUUCACUACUUUACACAUAAUGAAUUGAUCCUUGUUUUCCUAAUA